CUGAUAACAUGGAUUGCUUCAUGCAGCAGAUGUGCGACGCCCUUCAUGACGGUUCUCUGGGCAUCGAUCUAAACAUUGAUCUUGAGCAGGUGAAUAGUGUUGAGCCCACCAUCCCAUAUUCAGAUGUCGCGAUGGAAAAGCCAGUUGAGGAUGGAGCCUAUCAUGAUGUAGGUUUCGAGGAACGGGGGUGUGCUCCUGUACCAAGUUUCUCGAAACCCGAUGCUGGAUUAUUAACCGACAUGCUGGCUGAACAGACUGCCAGAGGAACCGUGAGACCACCCUUUGAGAGUGAUUCAUUCACAGCGCCAGUCAUUGGGAUUAACCCAAUAUCGAUUCCCGGCAUAUCUAGCUUACCUCGAAGUGACGGACUUGCAUGUAUGCAUACGAUCUUGGAUGUCACACUGCUUUUCAUUCAUUUUUUUUUCUAAUGGAUGAGUGUAAUCAUAGGACCAGCCGCUUGGGCCGAUACC